AUGCCCGAGGAGAACUGGGCGCUACAUGGCGGCGCCCCUGCCUGUGAUUUGUGUCACUCGAGGAAGAAGAAGACGCCGCAACCAAGGGUUAAGGCCGACGACAAGAUCAAAGCUCUUGUGGAGAAGCUGGCGACGUUAGAGGAUGCUGUCCGCUCAACGGGAGUCAGUGCUCCAUCCGUUACCUCGGCGCCGCCAGCAGCAGCCAAACCCAACACUGUCUCGAGCACAGGAGACGACAUUUCAUCUCGGCCUGCGAAGCGUAGCAGGACUGAUGCGGGCUCUGUUGGAACGGCGACGUCCGCCCAAGACCUCCUCUCGCCUCCGGACUCUGUGACUUCGCAGCUUCAUCGCAAUGGCGGCGCCCGCGACCACAUCGAAAAAGAGCUCACUCUCAACGAGGGCUUAAAAAGCCACCAGAAAAGCGUCUUCGAGACAGCGAUUGCUUUCAUUGACCAACUGUCGCAGGCUCCAACGACUGCUGUAGAAGAAGAAGUUUGGAACCUGAAAGUAUCGACCGAGUUCUCGAAAGGCGAACUCGUACAGAUAGUUCUCGCCAGCCAGCAAGCCGACGUCGACAGAAACCGCCCAGACACGCAGCUCUUCUUACUCGACCACGUUCCUCCCUCAGCACUAACCAGAAUGGCAAUGUGUCUGCUAGAAGGCACGGCGAGCGAGCAAACCCUUCAUCUAUGCAAGGUGAUAGUGCAUUUCAAGGCUGGACUAGGCCUUUAUGCGAGCCAGUUGCAUUCGCCCAAGGAUCCGACGAUCAGAGAGUAUGUCAAGGAGAUGCAAUUGAGGCACCUUAAUGCGGCGCUUACGGCGUUGGAUGCGAGCUGCUGGUCUCUGACGGCGUACGCCUCACGGACCCUCGUCGCCCUAGGCUACCACAACAUUCACACUUUAACGCCUGAGAACGAACAAGAGCAAGAGAUCCGCGCGGCCGUCGCUUGGUGCUACCACUUCGAUAGAGUUAUGAGCCUCCUCUUGCUCCGGCCGCCAUCUUUGCCGCCUCUCCAAGUCCCAGUCGCUUCGCUGGUGUCGUACAGCCCGCACAACCCCAUGGCCAUUUUUGCCUCCAUCAUGCUCGAGCUCGUGCCCAUCCACGAGGUGCUGCUGGAACUGACGCUCGCCGGCCAGAAGCGGAACAUGUCGAAGACGGAAGCGGAGCCCCAGGUGGACGAUCUGCGCAGAAAGAUGGAUGAGAUUUACAGCAUGAUGGGAAAGGUUCGCGCGAACGACCCUGUCGCCAACAGCCCGGACUACCAACUCCAUUGGCAUAGCUUGGAGUUUAAAUUCUUCUCCACGCUAACGGCAGUCCAUCGGCUCAGCAACACGGUAUGCUUCUGUGCUUCUGAGCGCGAGAAGUGUCUGUACGCUGCGCGCCGUGCGUUGCAGUGCGUGAAGGCGAUACAAGGUCUUGCUAAGCAGCAAGACCAUUUCCUUGAAGAAUUCAGCCCGUACCUUGCCUGGUAA